AUGACUGUGGAGAGGCAGGGGCUCUGUUCAGCCAUAGGGUUCUCAGAGAGAUGCCUUCCUGCAGCUUCCUGUGCAACCUAUAGGCCCAGGGUAUCCAGGCACCCACCCUUCAGUGAGGACUGUGAACCAGACUGCAACAGGUUCCAGAACCCCUGUGAGGCCCAGCUUGGGCUGCUCCCUGGCUUCAUUCCCCUGGGAGCACCUGCUCCUUCUCAGGCUACUAUCCUGGAGAUUUUGUUCCAGAACCCCAAAGGCUGGGCCAGUGGCCUGCCCACAUCCUCCACUGGCAGCCGCUUCAAGCUCUGGUCCCUUAGCCUCUUCUGCACGGAGCGGCAUCUGGCCAGGCGCCUCAAGAAUAACAGCUUUUACCCAUUCACACAGCAGCAGCCUGGCGUCUUUGUGCUAGAGUACUACCUGGACACGCUCUGGAAGGGGACUCUGCUCUUCGUUGUCUGCCUGGUCCUGGUCAGUUUAGACAUCCUCAAGCAGACGGAGAAGCAGUUGGCUUGGGGCAUCUCGGCCUAUGGCAUGUGCGUGGGCCUGUGGCUGCUGGUCUCGUCGCUCCCACGGCGCCGCCUGGUGCUGAACCAUACUUGUGGCAUGUACCACUUCUCCAUCCGGGGCCGCACCGUGUGCCAGGGUCCCAUGCACCUGGUCUACGUGCGCCUGGCGCUCAGCUCUGACGCCAAAGGAAGGCGCUUCUUUCGACUGGUCCUGUGCGGCCACAAGCUGGAGCCACUGGUGCUAGUUCAGCUGUCAGAGCGCUAUGAGCACAUGGAGUAUCUGGGACGUCACAUCGCUCGGAAACUUAGUAUCAACUACUUCGACUACCUGGUCACGUCUCAUCGUCACGAGAUCCGCCACUGGCCGCUGGGGGCCGCCUUUAGCCCAGGGAUCGUGCUGCGGAAGGACCACAUCUGAAACAAGCCUGGCUGCUUUGCAGCUAUCUGGAUUUGUCACUCGGACCCUGUCCUGCUUCACCCCCUAUCCGCCAUUUCUGGGAGCCCCUCCACACCCACCCUGGGGAUUCAAGUCCCACCCACUGCUCUUCCUCUCAAUAGAGCUGUCUCUAGCUUCCAGCCAGGUCA